AUGGUGCAGUCCGCUCACGACGAGCAGGGUGAGCUUAUUCUCACAGUCGGGCUGUCUGCAUUCCCAAACGAGCCUCCCUCGGGCCCCAAUACACCUCCUUUCUGCCCCGUUCCACUUUUUUCUCGUAGACUUCAUACUGGCUUUGCCUUCCGCUCCGGCGAGUCCUGUGCCGCUUCCACCUUUGCUUGCCGGCGAGGCCUCUUCUGCAGCAAUACCUCGCAGCUUUGUGUCGCCCCGCCUAAGGGCCUUGCAGAUCCUUGUGACCCGGCAGAAAACAACCCUUGCGGCCUGCUAACCUGCGCCGCAGUCAAUGCGUCGCGUGAAAAUAAUCCUCAAGGAACGUCUCCAGGCCAUUCAAAUCCUCCUACGCUUUCGCAGGCACUGGGCAAGCCACAGCAUGAGGGACGUGUGGCAGCCUUGCCUUCUCCCACACCAGCUGCUCGCCACCUGCAGACAAGCCAGAGUGGGGGCCCCUUCCAAGUGUCCCCGAGUGCCCUCCAGAGCCCUCGUUACAUUUGCACGCUCCCUGAAGGCCUCGAAGGCGAUCCUUGCUGGGGCCCUUUCCAGUGUCUGGAGGGCUGCGGCGCAUGCGUCCAGGGAAUUUGCCGGUCCUUCCUGCCUGAGGUGCCGCCCAGUAGGCACUCCCGCGACGCGCUGACAGCCACAGGCGAAGAGAACGCACACAGUGCAGCAGCAGCAGCCGCUAGAGGCGGUCCAGAAAAUGGAGCUCUCCCCCAGAGACAGCUUGCACUUGAGCAUCAGCAGCGGCCGCCGCAGGAGCAACGGCGGCGACAGUGGGAAAGCAAGGCGCAUCGAAGCGACCUUGCCGCUUGGAAGGAGAGCGCGAUGGAGCUUUUGCACGCGCUGCGCGAUGCCGAGGCUUCGGCAGCCGCAAGCGAAGACCAGCAAGACCCCUUCGGCAUUCCGCUGAAAGAGGAGGCCCUCACAGAGCUUCGGCUUGAAGUCAUGAGCCCCGAGGCUGCCCUGGGUGCCGGGAUGGCCGAAGCCCCCAUUGAAGCCCUCUCGCUCAAGCACGGAGCCGCUGAAAAGAGGCCCCUCGUGGCUGCCAACGCAGUAACCUAUUGUCUACCAUCGGGGGAGGGGGCCCCCGUCGGGGCCCCUUGGGCUGCCUCCCUUUGCAUCCCUCAGUACCCGUCGCCCCCCGGCUCCGUGGGGGCCUCCUCCCGCCGGCGGAAGUGUGGAGCGCGCUGCAAAGCUGCGUGGAAGCGCGCAGCAGGAUACACCUACGACUACAGCAGCAAGACCUUUCGAGCACCCGUGGCAGAGGGCCCUCAAGGUACGAGUGCCCUUCUGAAGCAGCGGGGCGAACCCCAUCUCAGCGGCAUGCUUAAAUUCCAACAGGCGCCGCCGGGAAUCGUUCUCUCCGGAACGGCCGUGGAAGCCUCACGCCCUCUCGUUUCCAGCGGAGGCGUAGUACACUCAGGGACCUCGGGGAAAAUUUCGCCUGCUGCAGAACAAGCUGCACCCCAGAGACACACUCCCUGGCCACAGCCUUUCCAGCCGCAUCCGCAGCUGGCGCUGGAGCGGCAGCCGGAUACGGCCCACGCUUCUUUGCAGCAGCAGCAGCAAUGGCAGACGGCACAGGAGACAAUGCCCGAUGCGCAGCAAGUUAGGCUGCAGCAAGCGCCAACACCUACAAACCCUACACAGCUGUUGCGGGAGGGAGCUGGGCGGGAAGCCCCGUGGCAAACGCAUCCGCGAAAUCAAGCAGAGGCAGCUCCGAGAGGCGCGAACCCGCAGCAGCAUCGCCGAGGAGAGGAGGACACAAUGAUGCCGCCGCACCAGCAGAAGGAGAAAACAACUGCUGAUGAAGCCUUGCAGCUACUAGAAGAUGAUGCCCCGGGCUGGCAGGAGGGUCUCAGCGACUUCACUCAAGGGCACUAUCCACCGUCAGCAGAAGAAUUGCUUCUGGAAAGCACGUCCGAUCUCUCUAAAGCUGCCGACUCCUCAGGAGGUGCUGCUGCGCAUCCGGCUGAAGUUGCGGCUCUCUUGCAGGCUACCCCACAGCCCACAAAAGAAGAGCUGCCUCUUGCACAGACACAGCACCUGCAGCAGAAGGAGCGCUCUGAUGAGGCAGUUGCAUAUCCACAACCACCCAGCUCCUCCUUGCAUGGACUUGAUCAGGAAGAGGAAGGGGGAGCCGAUGAAGGCAUGGGGUUUGAGUGGAGAGACACACGCGACCGUAAGUUUCCCACCGACAUGAGCGCGUCCGGUUCGAUUGGAGGACAGCCAGCAGAAACUCAGGCUUUGAGCGCCUUUCAGAGCGAUGAAGAAGACAAGACCCUUCCCGAGGGUGCGGUCCUGCGAACCAACGAUGAGACAGAGGCACAACGCACUGAAAAGGCCCCUCCUCUGCUCGCUCUGGCGGUAGAUGAUCCUCCUUUUCCACUAGCAGAGAGCAGUAGCAGCAGCAGGACCACCACCACCGACAGCCAGAACAACACGACAGGCGAGGCUCUGCAACGCAGCAUAAGCGCAGGCACACCUCUUGAGCCUACACCCUUCAGGGUGGGGGCUGGCCUUAUCCCUGCUGACUUCAUGGAGGCGCCAGCGCGUGAGGCCGUCGCUCCCGCAGAAGCUCCAGCCAGCGCGCACGCCGACUUAGCGGACACUCCCACAGGCAACCGCGGAAGCGGCAGCUCUUUUGCGACUUCAACCUCAGAAGAAGCUGCUGCCACAGCGGACGGGGGAACGCCUGUCGUGAGGGAUACCGCGUUAGUAGUGCCAUCAGCGGCUGCCCACGCACCGGGAUCAGCAGGCGGAGGAGAAGCAGGCGUAGAAAACGAAACAAAGACUGUUCCAACGGCACAACAGGGGCUGCUGCCUGUGGCUCAUGGGGAGGACGACAACGCGUGGAAGGAAGCAGCAGCACCUACCGAGGCGCCUCCGUUUACACGCGUUGCAGCAGAUGCCACACCUGCAUCGGAAGGAGUCGCGGAUGCAGCCUCAGCUGCACAGCCUCCCGCAGCAGCCUUCGCUCCAGCAGUAGACACAGAUCUUCACCCCAUGUCUACGGCAGCUGCUGACGAAUCUUCGGGUUUUCUUGGUGAGCGUGAAGAGGGCGCCUCCGUCGUCUUCGCAGCUAGAUUAGACCAGAGAAAAGCAGUUUCUAAUACCCAUUCCUUUCGUCUGCCGGAAAAUGCUUUGGGGGAGUUCGCUGAAGGCAUCGAGUGGCGGGAACGAAUGCACCACUCCGAUGUGCGCGUGAGUGGGGGGGCCUCCACACAGGGGAUUUCGCUUGCCGCAGCAGCCCCAGAAGAAGGUGCGUCUCAAGCCGCCACGGAGCUUGUCAGUCGCGUUGCUGAGGCAGCAGCCGCUCACCAAAUUAGUUCCCCAGCAGCCUCCAGCAGAGCGGCACGAGAGCCGCUGGAAAUAGCGCCACCCCCCCUGCCACAGCACCCGCCAUCGCGGGCAGCAACAGCCGCUGCGCCUCCAGGGUCUCUCGAGCACGAGGCUCUUCUAUCGGGAUUCACGCAAGAUUUUGAAGCUGCGAAUGCAGGACUGGCAAGUGCAGCAGGGACAGGGGCCGCUCGAGGGGCAGCUGCAGUUGCCACUGAGGCUGAUUUAGGUGAAGCUGGAAGCACAGACGUUGCCGCACGUGCAGCAGGGAUAACCGCAGACACGAGGUCGGACAUAGCAGGUCUAACAGGGGCAACAAGCUCCAGCUUGCCAGAAGGCUCUAGCCACUCCGGCGCUACACCACGCCCUGUCCGUCGGCGCGGCCGUCUGCCCGAUCGGGGAGAGGCAAGCCGUGAAAAAGCUGACGGAGAAGGCCAUCUUAAAGAAGAGGGGGCUGGCCAGGGAGAGGAAUGGGUUGCCUGGGAAGAGAUGCCCUGGGGGACAGAUGAAGAAGACGUUGAAUGGGUAGUAGAGGAAGACAACGCCGACACACCUAGGAGCAACAGCGCUCCAGACGCUGCCCCUUCGUCUACUUUGUCCCCCGCACCGAUUGCUGGAGGCGGCUCUGUAGCUGCUGCCUCAGGGGCUGCCCCCGUGCAGCUUCCACUGGCGCCACACAGCACGCAGCCGUAUUCGCCUCGCCAGCAGCCGCGGCAGCAAACGCAAGGUCAAGUCCGGCAGCAGGUGCAGCAGCAACAGCAGGUGCAGCAGCAACAGCAAGUGCAGCAGCACCAGCAGGUGCAGCAGCAACAGCAGGUGCAGCAGCACCUGCGACAGCAAAGCGAAUUGCAGCAACAGCAGUGGUUGCAGCAGCAGCAGUGGAUGCAGCAGCAACAGCAGUACAUGCAACAGCAGCAGCAUGGCUGCGAUUUGCUGAGCUCUGCACGCGACGAAUGCAUGGUUCCUUCCCUAGGUGGUUAUUACCACGCACAACAGCCACAGCAGGCUUUGCAGCCGCCGCAGGAGGUCCUUCACCAGCCCUCCAACAACUCGCGGCUGCAUAUGGCACCCUUGCUUGCGCGCUUGAAUCCGAGGGGGAUUGGCGGAUGCUACAGCACCUGCUGUCGAGAGGGAUUCUUCUGCUCGGUCGCUGGUGGGGGCUGCUCUCCUCAGCGGCGAAUGGGUGCAGCAUGCCAAGGCUUUGCCGAGUCUGAGUGCCAGGAAGGGGCCGUCUGCCUCUCUGGAGUCUGCCGUCUGCCCUUUUCUGUGCUGCCUGCGGCAGCGGCCGCCUUGUCUGAGUCGUCAGGAGCAGGAGAGGCCUUUGCGAGUUCUGAGGACAGGAGCUCUACAGUUCUCAUAGGACCAGCUGUACCGCCACUUCACGUGUGUGUGCCGUGGAGUCGGCCUGUUGUGCUUGGCGUAGACCCUGCACCUGAUCCUACCCCAUCAUCGCAAGCAGCGCCUCAGCAGCAGCAGGCGCUUUUGAGGCUCUCGUGUGAACCUUUAGAAGGGCAGCCCUGCACGCACGAUGCGGAAUGCUGGGGGUUUGCUGUCCCUCUGGGGUAUUGCGAUCCGAGCGACAGCCGCUGCAAGGCUCCUGCGUAUCCAACGUGCCUUCCUCUGCUGCAGAAGCUCGUGUCUCUGCAGAUUGAAGCUUUCAGCCGCUCGGUAGAGGCGCUCAGGGGUCGUCAGCAGCGCCAGACACCCCAAACGCAGCAGCAGCAGCAUGCAGCAGCAGCAGCAGCCCCGCACGGCGCAGUCAGUGCGCACAAUGCCAGUACUGGCUCUGGAGCGACUACAGCGACAACAGCAGGAUCGCAAGGGGCAAGAGGCUCUGCACGAGGGGCUGCCCCAGGAACGACCUCGCCCUAUACAACGCAAGGCCGACAACAGCAAACUGCUGGCAGCCGAUUAGAUCACCGCCCGCAGCAGCAGCAAUUGUUGCUGCUACAGCAGCAGCAACUGAAUCCUCAGAGACCCCCACAACAGCGCUACACGUCCGCAGGUGCACCAGUUAUUUACUCUGCGGCAGCUGCAGAGCCAGCGGCUGGGUGGCCGUACACUUGGACGCUGGCGCCCUUCUCUGGUGGGCCUGCUAUCCAGAGCUUGGGAGUGUCAGACAGCUCUCAGGAAGAUGCACAUGCGCCUUUUAAGACCUCCGAGACACACACGGCCGCUUCUGCUCGCCGCCUUGCAGAAAGCAGCGCUCCUGCGUCUUUCGUCGCGCUGCUACUGCGAGUGAAGGCCCCCACCAACAAAGUGGGUGCUGACACGGAAAGACACAUACUUCCUUCGUAA